AUGCGGUGUGGUAAAAUAUGUAGCCUUGUUUAUGUCAACUUCUUGUGUAACAAACCCCUUUCUUUUGAUUUUUUUUUGUGUGUUACUUAUACUUCCUGCGCAUUUUUUUUUUGCCUUUUCUAUCGUAUUCCCCACAAGAUCGGUUACUUCACAAUAGCAACAUUUCGCUUCCACUGGGAGAAGCAGUGGUUUAGUGCCAUGUGGCGCGAAAAGUGGGAUAUGUGCUGCGAAGGCAUUUCAACUCUUUGGACCGUUGGGGGACGGCUGCGGAACGUUUACAACAGUUCAAAGAGCGAGGCGGAAAGGCGAAGGGACGUUUGGUCCACAUUGCUCUGCACAGCCACAUUUGCCAUGACAGCUGUGGCCUUUGCGGCGAUUGAUGCGCACGGUGGUGUGCCACCGGUAGUGUGGAACGUGUUGGGUGGAGCAAAACGUUUGUUGAGGCGCUAA